UAUUAAAGAAUCAAGCAAUUAGGAGAUAAUUUGAGUCCGGGAACAUUUUAUUUCUGUGUUCAAACUUUCAGGUCGUGUGACCGGCGGAUUUUCGUCUCCUCUCGUUAUAUCUGGGCGCUGGUGUGUGAUUUAGGGACCGGUUGAAUACACGGAGUGAGGAGGACUCGGGAUUUUACACUUUGUAUGGUGGAGGAAUGCGUAAACAGUUUGGAGGGAUACAGCUACAAUCUGUUUGAUUUACAGAGGAAAACAUGGAACACGAAGAUCUCAGCACAGAAGUGGAGAAACAUGAACUAACACAGACACAAACCUAUUCAUCCAAGUCUCAAGAGCUAAACAUGAAUACAGAAAACAGUGAGGAGACAAACAUUCCUCCAGAAAAGGAUCCCGCCACCCCUGUUAAAAAGCACGCUUCCCGCCGGUCAGUCACUGCGAGACCAGAUGUCAUUCCAAAGUCACCUGCCUCACCGGCAACACCCAGUCCACUAAAUAAAAAAGAUGCAGCCAAGGUGGAGGACAGACAAAAACAGGCCAAGGACAGAAGAGAACAGAAGGCUAAAGCUCUCGAACAGCGCAGCCAUCUUCAAGCUGCUCGAAAGUCCGAGUGGUUGGAGAAGGAGGAGCGAGCGAAGCAGUUACGGGAGCAGCAGUUACAGGAGCGCAGGAAGAGGCUUGAAGACCAGAGGCUGAAGGCCGAGCAGCGCAGGGCCGCUUUGGAGGAAAGGCAGAAACAAAAACUAGAGAAGAACAAGGAGCGCUAUGAGGCCGCCAUUCAUAGAUCUCCUAAGAAGACUUGGGCUGAGAUUCGGCAGCAGAGAUGGUCUUGGGCUGGAGGCUUGAGUGCUAGUUCCAGCCAGAGUCAGAGCCGAUGCUCAAUAUCUGCGGUCAACCUGCCCAAACAUGUGGACUCUGUUCUAAACAAGCGCCUCUCCAAAUCCUCCGCCACCCUCUGGAACUCCCCCAGCAGAACUCGUAGACUGGAGCUGAGUCCAUGGGAGAGCAGUAUUGUGGACAGACUGAUGACUCCCACCCUGUCUUUCCUGGCACGAAGUCGCAGUGCCGUUAGUGUGAUAAGCAGCGGCAGAGAUUCUCAAUCUCCUCAAUGUCCUCGUUCAGCCUCAGCAAGUCCUCUCGCAGUGUGCUCCCACCGACCCCACCGAUGCUCAGAACGCUGGAGGGUCACAACCAGUACACCAGACAUUACUCAGCGUCGCCGAGACUCCGCCCAUAUUGAUAAGAAAAAGAAAGAGAAGAAAGACAAGGAGCGGGACAAUAAGAAGGAAAAAAGUGCCCUCACCAAAGAGAACGUGCUCAAGAAGAGACAGUCACUGCCAGCGAUGAAAAUCAGCCGUGAGCCCAGUCCUGCUGCAUUGUUAAAACAGCGAGCUUCCUCACCCAGACCCAUAUCAGGUCGUGCCAGUCCCAGCACCCCGAAAUCUCAACCCGUGAGGGCACGGACGCCAGUCCGAGUCAGGACGCCAACCAAAGUUUCCACUGCUGUAGAACCAACUAGAGAUUCUAACAUUGUUGUGAGUACCCCCGACACACCCCCUCGUACGAACGCACCAGUCGUGGCUGCUUCCCCUGUUCCCUCGGUCCCUGAGCAGCAGCAGCCGAAUUCCAGCAUUCCACAAGCGUCUCCUGCUCCCUCCCCUGCCAAGCCCAUGGCCGGCACCACUGAUCCAGAGGAAGCUGCGCGCCUCCUGACUGAGAGGAGACGACAGGCCAGAGAACAGAGGGAGCGAGAGGAGCAGGAGCGGAGGGAGCAGGAGGAGAAAGAGAGGUUGGAGCGGGAGGAACGACUAGCACGGGAGGCGGAAGAGAGGAGGCGCAGGGAGGAGGAGGCUCAGCACAUGGCGGAGCAGCAGAGGCUGAGAGAGGAGGCAGAGCGUCUGCAGCAGGAGAAGGAGGCUCAGGAAAAAGCCAUAGCGCAACAAGAGGAGAACGAACGCCUUCAGAGACAGAAGGAGGAGACUGAGGCCAAAGCCCGGGAGGAAGCAGAGAAACAGCGACUGGAACGAGAAAAACACUUCCAGAAGGAGGAGCAGGAGAGGCUGCAGAGGAAGAAGCGCCUGGAGGAAAUCAUGAAACGAACACGCAAAUCUGAUGUUGUAGAAAAGAAGGACAUAAAAUCUUCUCCUCCUCCUCAAGUUAAUGGGGGGGAUUCCCAGCUUCAAUCAGACAGCAGUAAAGUGCCUGACUGUCUUUCAACCACAGAGCUGAAGCAAGACAACCAGUCCCAAAGUGGCACAAAAGAGAGUUCUACGGUCCAUGUGACGAAUGGCAUUCAACCCUCCAAGCAUGAGAAUGGAUUGUCUUCAGGUGGUGAAUCAGCCCACUUUGAUGAGAUCAUCCAGCUGUCCAAUAACAGUGGUGCCAACAGCAAGCAGGAGGAGUCCGUGUCUGAAACCAAUGAUGAGCCCAUCUUGACUUAUGAUGGCUUUCUGAAAAAAGCAGGCACUAUGAAGUCUCAACAUGUUGCAGAGGUGCUCUGAGCAUCACAGCUGUUGGACUGGUGUGAUUUUGGAAGUUCCAGAGUCCCAGCUCUCUACCUGAGGGUAUCGUGUGAUAAAGCACAGCUUUGCCAGACCUGUGCCGACCUAGUCACUGACUGUUUAGAUUGUACUGAGCAUUGCCUGGGUUAAACGGUGUGAUUACAAGAAGCCACUUUGCAGUCAAGAUUAAGUAAACCCUUCACCACCCUCCCAGGUGCUUUCUGUCACUAUUUAUGAAAAGUUCUUUCAGCAGUCUGAGCUCUCACGUUACAGCAGACGUUUCAUGCAUCAUGGUGAUCACCGAGCAAAAGAUACACAUGAGAAAGAGAGAGGAAAAAAACAUGAAUCAUGGCUGUAUUUCAUCUUAUCAUGUUUUAAAUAGAAGUGCUUUGGCUGUUUUGUUUUUAUUCUUUAGUUAUUUAAUGUGAUGAUAUUUGUUACUACUGGGUACAGCUCUAUGUGAAUAAUGUAAAUUGGAAUACAGGAGGAGUCAGUUUGUGGAAUAAAACUGAAAGAUAGAGUUAUAUGUCUCUUCUGACUUCUGGGAGUUUUUUUUGUGUGUACAUGUACAACCCCAAAUCAGAAAAAGUUGGGACAGUAUGGAAAA